GAGUGAGCUUGGAUAAGGUUAUCACGAACAUCCCGCCAUCUUUCAACACUCCCUCAUCCUUUUCAUUUUCUUCAUCCAAACACACCCUUAUUCUCCACAAGAUCCUCUACACUCAAUCCUACCUUCCAUUUCCCUACUCCCUCAAUCUCAACCGUCCAUUUCUCAAUCAAACCCCAUCAUUGGGUCCCUUAUUCACGGUCCAUUUUAAUUAACAUGAAAUGGGAUGUACUUGAUAAUAGUUUUCAUAGAAUCAAAACAAAAUAUCAACCGCUAGUUUUAAGCAUUGUUUGGAUUCCAAUGCUUUAAAAAACUCUACCUCCACAAACUUAGCCAUAUAUUCAUAUUCCUUAAUAAUUUCUAGUGUUUGUUUUUUGCUGAAUUGUUCACUGUCUAUUAUGGAGUCGCGAGUAUUGUCGCGGACUACGGCGAUCGCCGCCCUCCCGAAGCUAUUCCGGCCAUCGAGAGAGGCGGCGAGUUUAGGUGUCGCCACCGGGGUGAAGACGCCGGUUGGAUUGAUUAAGGAUGGUGGGAGUUUGACAUGGGGAAGGCAGCUUAGGCCGGUUUUGUUGUUUGAACCGCUUCAAUCCGGUUCGGUUUGUGGUGCUACUAGGAGGGAGAAGACAGCGGUUCAGCCGUGUCGUGCCGCUAGUGGUUCUUCCGGGGAAGCUAAGGUUGGGUUUUUGGAGAAGUAUCCGGCUCUUGUCACCGGUUUUUUCUUCUUUAUGUGGUACUUCUUGAACGUUAUAUUCAACAUUCUUAACAAGAAGAUCUACAAUUACUUCCCAUAUCCUUACUUCGUGUCGGUGAUCCAUUUAUUUGUUGGUGUGGUGUACUGUUUGGCUAGCUGGAGUGUGGGCCUUCCUAAACGUGCUCCUAUCGACUCAAACCUUCUGAAGUUGCUCAUUCCAGUUGCAGUAUGUCAUGCACUAGGCCAUGUUACCAGCAAUGUCUCUUUUGCUGCUGUUGCAGUUUCUUUCACCCACACUAUUAAAGCCCUGGAGCCCUUUUUCAAUGCUGCUGCUUCUCAAUUCGUUCUUGGACAGUCUAUUCCCAUUACUCUCUGGCUCUCCUUGGCUCCAGUUGUGAUUGGUGUUUCCAUGGCUUCCUUGACUGAGUUAUCAUUCAACUGGCUCGGCUUCAUCAGCGCUAUGAUUUCAAAUAUUUCCUUCACCUACAGGAGUAUCUACUCAAAGAAAGCCAUGACUGACAUGGACAGUACUAAUCUCUAUGCCUACAUUUCCAUAAUUGCUCUAUUUGUGUGCCUUCCCCCUGCAAUAAUUGUCGAGGGUCCUCAACUUAUCAAGCAUGGUUUCAGUGAUGCCAUUGCGAAAGUGGGGAUGACCAAAUUCAUAUCAGACCUCUUCUGGGUGGGAAUGUUUUACCACCUCUACAACCAGCUAGCUACCAACACCUUGGAGAGGGUAGCACCACUUACCCAUGCAGUUGGCAACGUUUUGAAACGAGUGUUUGUCAUUGGAUUUUCCAUCAUCGCCUUUGGCAACAAGAUUUCAACACAAACCGCCAUUGGAACCAGCAUUGCUAUUGCCGGUGUAGCCAUGUACUCUUUCAUUAAGGCCAAAAUGGAAGAAGAGAAACGACAAAUGAAGACUACUUGAGUAGAAUGACUUGGCCCGAAACUGCAUUUUCUUGGAAGGUGCUGUAGAUGUGAUAAUUUUCCUUCCUGAAAAGGAGAACAACAAAAAAAAUGUUGUAAAAUUAAUUUUUUUUCGUGUCAAUUUAUUCGAUUUGGAGAAUGAACCAUUGCCAAUCUGUAAUCUUCUUGUAUUCAAUAAUAAGCAUAUAUCGUACUGUCUUUGGUCCCUCAACUCGAGGCAAGUGUUUGAAUGGGCAUUAGAGAAGAA